AUGGAUAAAACGGGAAUAAAUGUGGAAAAUACUGAGGCAUUGUCGCACACUAUCGAAGCUGGAAUCGGCGAAUGGAUUCAAAGAUCAGAAGAUGAAGAGGAGAAGAUUAAUGGGAUGAGCCUUGUGUCAAGAUCAGCCUCCAGGACUACCCACUCUGUUGGCAUUUACAAGGGCGAUUCCAACGGGUGGAACCUCAAUGUCAAUGAUCAAUGGACUACCACCAAACCUUCCUUUCCAGCGAUUUCCUCCAGUAGCUCGCUGCACAACGUAGUGGAGGUGAACUCCAGCGGCUACAGCUCUUGCUCCAGCGGCAGCCCCAACACCAUGGAUAACUCCGGAAAUACGGCCGUCGCCCUCCCCAAGGUCGGCACGCAAUACUUCAUCUGCGGAAUCUCCAACGACUGCUAA